CGAGAGCAUUUUAGCUUUGACAAACUUUAUUCAUUUCUUUUUAUGUCUUAAAUCUUAGAAACAAGUACUUGAACAACAGUGCUAAAAAUGUUCGUUCUGCUGAUUCGUUUAUGUUUCUUGGCUACAAUUACAAGACUGGCUUGUGCAGAAUUACGAACAUGUCCUAAAAAACCUUCAUAGUCUCCCUUGGUCGAGCGCUUCUAGGCGCAGCUCCCAGUACGGUUGAGCCCUGCAGUAUAGGUACACUAGUGAUGGUCGAGAGCUCGAAUCUCGGGAGUCAACCGGUUAAAAAAUUUCAAGAAUCCUCAUAUAUAAAAGCCUGCAAGAAAUCGGAUCCGGAUAUUAACAACUGUAUAACAAAUACUAUUGAAAACCUAAGGGAUAAGUUGUCAAAAGGAAUACCUGAACUAGAAGCUCCUGCAAUAGAGCCAUUGCUUCUAAAGCAAAUACGAUUACUGCGGGGACCUGUUGGUGCUCGCUUAGACAUUAACUUGACAAAUUUGAUGGUCAGCGGACCAUCAACAUUUAAAAUACGAGACUUAAAGGCAGAUGUAGACAACAUAAAAUUUACAUUUAAAGUGAGCUUCGACAAACUAAGCUUUCACGGAAAAUAUCAAAUUAAUGCUAGGUUAUUACUUCUGAGACUUACUGGUAGCGGUGAUCUAAAUGGAAAUUUUACGGGUUAUGAUUCAGAUGUCAUUCUAAAGGCUAAUAAAGUUUAUAAAGAUAAUGAUGUUUAUCUUAGCUUUGAAAAAAUGAAAUUAAGGAUAAGAAUUAAAUCUGCUAAAGUUUAUCUCGAUAAUUUGUUUGGAGGAGAUCCGGUUCUCGGUCCUGCUAGUAACGAGGUCUUGAAUGCAAAUAGUGGAUUGUUAUUAGAUGAAGUGAAACCUGUACUGGAAACUUCACUAGCUGAGCUAUUUACGGAUGUAGCAAAUAAAAUAACAAAAUCAUUUACGUACAAAGAACUGUUUCCAGAUGAUUAAAAUGUAUAAAUUUCUCUGAAUUUUUUAUAGUCAUUACUUUUAGGCAACAAAUAUUUAUAUUAAAAAAUAUAUUUAUACUAUGUUUAUACGAUUAAAAUUGAAAUAUA